AUGCUCUACUGUAUCCCUCCCAUCCGCAUACGGUGGCGACGAGAACUUGUCUCCAGAAAGCCAUGCAAGAAUUCGACACAAAAGACAAUUGGUAUGGAGACGACGAUGGAGAUGGUGGAGAGGAGGAUACGGAAGACGAUGGGGAGGCUACGGUUGGAGACGACUUGGGGGACCUAUUAUUUGGGGAUAAGUCUACGGAACCAAUCUUCACUUACACGUGACACUUCGCUUAUCCGCGACGAACUGGAAAACUGA